AUGGCUACGCGGCAGGCCGCUUACCACCUGGAUGAAGGCGGGCGGCGCGUGCACCGGGAUCCGGCGGCCGGGGAUUCGUCCCCGCCGGUGCUGUUGCUCAGCCACUUCUGCCCGUCUCCUUUCCUCUGCUUUGGGGACGUCCGCGUGGGCGCGACACGGACACGGUCUCUGAUUCUGCAAAACCCGCACGAGGAGCCUCUGCAGGUGGAGCUGUCCCUGCUGCGGGCCGCAGACCAGGGCUUCAGCGUGGUGCCGAGCCGCUGUGAGCUGAAGCCUAAAGAAAAAAUUACUGUUUCUGUUAUCUGGACCCCAGUGAAAGAAGGACGAGUAAGGGAGAUUGUGACAUUUCUUGUAAAUGAUUUCCUGAAGCACCAGGCUAUAUUACUAGGAAAUGCGGAAGAGCAUAGGAAGAAAAAGAGAAGUCUUUGGAAUACCAAUAAGAAGAUUCCAGCCCAUUCAAAACUUAAUAAAGGGACUUCCAAAAGCCAACAUUUUAAUGAAGCAUUUAAUAUUUCCCAAAAAGAUGACAGAAUUAGGAGCCCACUGCAGGCCUGUGAAAAUCUGGCUAUGAGUGAGUGCUGUUCUCCAACAGAAAACAAUUCUCUGUCCCUUGAAGAAAACAAAAUACCCGACUCAUCUACUAGCCCUGUUAAGGAAUGCCAGAAAGAAACUUGUUUGCCAGUGUUUCUCCGCAGGUCUACUGCCUAUUCAUCUCUUCACGGAUCCAAAAAUGCACAUUUAAAAGUAGAAGAUUUUAAAAGUUCAAACAGUUUUAAUGAAGAAGUCACAAAUGACACUUUACUUAAUCCCAUAAGGAUUAGUGAACAAAGUGAAGGGAAUAGUAAACUUCCUCCUGCCCCAAACUGUUCUUCACCUUUGAAUAUUACACAAAGCCACAUCCAUUUUCUAAGUCCAGAUUCUUUUGUAAACAACAGCUAUGAAUCUAAUAACGGUCUAGGGUUAGUGAGAAAUGUAUUAUCAGAAACAUUUAGGAAAGAAAGCUCAGAGUCUCUGUGUUUGGAAUCCCAAACUGUAUGUGAAGUUUACCAAACAAUAUUAAGCCCAGAGUCUUUUCUAAAUGACAAUUAUGGACUUCCAAAAGCUCUCAAAUCAGAUUCAGUCAAUCCCAUUUUAUCUCCAACACAGUUUGUAAAAGAUAACAUGGUACACACAGGUCAGCAAACAUGUAAGUUAUCAGCAUUAUCAGAUAAAACUUCCCAGGACCGGAGAACAGAUGAAGGUUUGACAUAUGACCUCGAGUGUCUGCAUUCAGAAACUCCCAAGGUUCGUUUCAAAAAACAAAACCUUGUAGAAAUAAAGUCCCAUAAUCGUGAUUUUACAAAACAUCCCAAUGUUUCUGAGUUUAAAGAUGCUUCCCUUAAGAACCAGGAUAAGCGACCAAAGAGACGCCCAAUUCUUUCUGCCACUGUUACCAAAAGGAAGCCCACCAAUGCCAGAGAAAAGCUCCCGGAGAUUGAUAAGCCAAAUGCAAAAAGAUGUCUCUCAGGAAUGGUAGGUGAAUGUGGAGAUGAAAUGGGUAACCUAAAAGAGAAAGCUUGUCAUUCUUACCGUCCAGUUGUAGAGCCAGUAAUAAGUGAAUCCCAGCGCUUUACAAACGAAACAACACCCUUAAGUACAGUUUUAGUUGCCCGUAAAAGGAAGAGCAAUGGAAGCUUGGAAGACACAAAUGGGAAGCCAGCUAUUGCAGAACAUGCAGGCCUCUGUGAAAUCAAACGAAUCCAUUUUUCUCCUGAAUCUGUACAAUCAACUAUUGCAAGAACCAAAAGGAAAGAAACACUCACUUCAGUACAUUUUAGCAACUGGGAGAAAUCAAGCUUGAAGAAGAAAACUGAUUCCUCAGUAUUAAAAACGCCGCUUUCUAAAACAAAGAAAAGGACACGGCCCAUUGUUGCUGUAGCGCAGUCUCAUCUGACCUUCAUAAAGCCAAUAAAAGCAGCUAUUCCUAGACACCCAAUGCCAUUUGCUGCAAAGAACAUGUUUUAUGAUGAACGCUGGAAGGAAAAGCAGGAACAGGGCUUUACUUGGUGGCUAAAUUACAUAUUGACGCCUGAUGACUUCACUGUGAAAACGCAUGUUUCUGAAGUAAAUGCUGCCACCCUUGUUUUGGGAGUGGAGAACCAACACAAAAUAAGUGUCCCGAAAGCACCUACUAAAGAUGAAGUUUCUCUCAGAGCUUACACGGCCAGCUGCAGGAUGAAUAGAUUACGCCGUACAGCUUGUUCCUUGUUUACUUCUGAAAACAUGGUUAAAGCUAUCAAAAAGCUUGAAAUUGAAAUUGAAGUUGGACGGUUACUUGUACGGAAAGAUAGACACCUCUGGAAAGAUAUUGGACAACGCCAGAAAGUCCUGAAUUGGCUGUUGUCUUAUAAUCCGUUGUGGCUUCGAAUUGGCCUGGAGACAGUUUAUGGUGAACUGAUCCCUCUGGCAGGCAACAGUGAUGUUACUGGGUUGGCUGUGUUCGUUCUGAACCGCUUGCUUUGGAAUCCCGAUAUAGCAGCUGAAUAUAGACACCCCUCUGUUCCUCUCCUGUUUCGCGAUGGUCACGAAGCAGCUUUGUCUAAGUUCACAUUGAAAAAAUUACUGUUGUUGAUCUGUUUCCUUGACUACGCUAAAAUUUCCAGACUUAUUGAUCACGACCCUUGUCUCUUUUGUAAAGAUGCUGAAUUCAAGGCUAGUAAAGAACUUCUGCUAGCCUUUUCACGAGAUUUCCUAAGUGGUGAAGGUGACCUUUCUCGUCACCUUAGCUUAUUGGGAUUACCUGUGAGCCAUGUUCAGACAGCACUUGAUGAAUUUGAUUUUGCUGUCACGAAUCUUGCCGUGGACCUGCAAUGUGGGGUGCGCCUUGUGCGAACCAUGGAACUUCUCACACAGAACUGGAAUCUGUCCAAGAGACUCAGGAUUCCUGCCAUAAGUCGCAUCCAGAAGAUGCACAAUGUGGAUAUUGUUCUGCAGGUUCUCAAAUCACGAGGAGUCCAGCUAACUGAUGAGCAUGGAAACACCAUCUUGUCUAAAGAUAUCGUGGAUAGGCACAGAGAGAAAACACUUGGGUUACUUUGGAAAAUAGCAUUUGCUUUUCAGGUGGAUAUUUCCCUUAAUUUAGACCAAUUACGGGAAGAAAUUGAUUUUCUAAGACACACGUACAAUAUAAAAAGAGCAAUGUCUGCCCUAUCAUGCCAUUCUCAAGCUGUUACUAAUAAGCAAAAGGACAGAAGACACAGUGGCUCCUGUGAACACUGUAGUGACAGUGUCAGGUUAUUGAUGGACUGGGUCAAUGCCGUGUGUGCCUUCUAUAAUAAACAGGUGGAGAAUUUCACAGUGUCUUUCUCCGAUGGCCGUGUGCUGUGCUAUCUGAUCCACCACUACCACCCAUGCUACGUGCCUUUUGAUGCUAUAUGCCAGCGCACUACUCAGUCUGUGGCCUGCGCACAGACUGGUUCAGUGGUGUUAAAUUCUUCAUCUGAGUCUGACGGAGGUUGUCUGGACCUGUCUCUUGAAGCCCUUGAUCAUGAAAACACUCCGGAACUAUACAAAGAGCUUCUAGAAAAUGAAAAGAAAAAUUUCCAUUUGGUGAGAUCUGCAGCUCGAGAUCUUGGAGGAAUACCAGAUAUGAUUCACCUUGCAGACAUGUCAAAUACAAUUCCAGAUGAAAAGGUGGUUAUUACCUAUUUGUCAUUUCUUUGUGCAAGGCUUUUGGAUCUCCGUAAGGAAAUAAGAGCUGCCCGACUUAUACAAACAACAUGGAGAAAAUAUAAACUAAAAAAAGACCUAAAACACCAUCAGGAAAGAGAUAAAGCUGCUAGAAUUAUUCAGUCAGUUGUUCUCAAUUUUCUGACCAGACGACGAUUGCGAAAAAAGGCCAAUGCAGCUCUGGUCAUUCAGAAAUGUUGGCGAAGAAUCUCAGCACAAAGAAAGUUGCUAAUGUUAAAAAAUGAAAAACUGGCCAAACUUCAAAGUAAAUCAGCAUCACUUAUUCAGGCUUAUUGGAGAAGAUACUCCACCAGAAAACAGUUUUUGAAGUUGAAAUACUAUUCAGUCAUCCUUCAGUCUAGGAUAAGAAUGAAAAUUGCUCUUACAUCUUAUAAACGCUAUCGUUGGGCCACAGUUACUAUCCAGAGGCGUUGGCGUGCGUGUUUAAGAAGAAAACAAGUUAAGCAAAGAUUCAAAAUGCUGAAAUCCUCCUGUCUUGUCAUCCAGUUUAUGUUCAGAAGGUGGAAGCGGCGCAAGCUGCAGUUACAAACUAAAGCUGUGCUGACCCUGCAGCGAGCUUUCAGAGAAUGGCAUCUCAGGAAACAAGUGAGAGAAAGAUCCGCUGUUGUGAUACAGUCGUGGUAUAGAAGGCACCGGGAAAUGCAGAAGUAUAUUCAUAUUAGAUCCUGUGUGGUAGUCAUCCAGAGGAGGUUUCGGUGCUUUCAAGCCCAAAAGUCAUAUAAGAGAAGGAAAGACGCUGUCCUGACUCUCCAGAUGCACUUCAGGGCAUAUCAGAAGGGGAAGCUAGCACGCUCUGACUAUCUGCAGAAGCGAGCCGCCACCCUCCAACUGCAGGCUGCCUUCAGGAGGAUGAAGGCUCGCCAUUUACACAGGCAAAUUCGAGCCGCCUGUGUUCUUCAGUCCUAUUGGAGAAUGAGACAGGAAAGAUGUCGAUUUUUAAACCUUAAAAGGAUUGUUAUCAGAUUGCAAGCACACAUAAGAAAACAUCAGCAAUUACAGAAAUACAAGAAGAUAAAAAAAGCAGCUAUUGUAAUUCAGACUCGUUUCCGAGCUUCCGUUUCAGCCAGAAAGGCUCUAGCGUCUUAUCAGAAGACACGAUCUUCAGUCAUCGUCCUGCAGUCUGCCUACAGAGGGAUGCGAGCUAGGAAAAUGUUCAGUCACACUUUAGCAUCUGUUAUAAAGAUUCAGUCAUAUUACCGGGCUUACGUAUCAAGAAAGAGCUUUCAGAACUCCAGAAAGGCUGCAAUAAAGCUGCAGUCAGUUGUCAGAAUGAAACAAACACGUAAGCGGUAUUUACAUUUAAGAGCGGCUGCACUGUUUAUCCAGCGGUGGUACCGUUCCCAAAAGAUGGCUGUGCGGAAGAGAAGAGAAUACACGCAGAUGCGUGAGUCCUGUAUCAAACUGCAGGCGUAUUUUAGAGGCUACCUGGUCCGAAAGCAGAUGAGGUUGCAAAACAGAGCCGCCAUUUCUCUCCAGUCUUACUUCAGAAUGAGGAGAAUGAGGCAGCGGUACCUGAAGAUGUGGAAGGCCGCCACUGUCAUCCAGAAUUUCUACUGUGCCUACAAAGCCCAAGUCAGACAAAGGGAGAAAUUCCUGCAGGUCAGAGGAGCAGCUGUUUGUCUGCAGGCAGCUUUCAGAGGCCACAGAGUCCGCCAGAUAAUCAAGCGGCAGUCUACAGCUGCCCUUACAAUUCAGAGGGUUUUUAGGGGCUACAGUCAGAGGAGGAAGUUCCAAACUGUGCUUCAGUCUGCUGUGAAGAUUCAGAGACGGUACAGGGCACACAGGAUCGCUUGUGAUGUGAGAACCGGAUUUCUCAAGACAAGAGUGGCUGUGGUCUCCCUCCAGUCUGCCUACCGUGGCUGGAGAGUCCGGCAGCAGCUCAGGAGGGAACGUGAGGCCGCAGUGAAGAUCCAGUCUACUUUUAGAAUGGUCCUGGCCCAGAAACAGUUUAAACUAUGGAGAACAGCAGCAAUAGUCCUCCAACAGCAUGUUAGAGCAUGGGCUGCAGGAAAGAGGCAGCGCUCGGAGUACGCUGAACUCCGCCGUGCAGUCCUGGUGUUUCAGGCUGCCUGGAAAAGAAAGACGCUGAGAAGACAGAUUGAGCGGCAGCACAGAUGCGCUGCCCUCAUCCAGUCCUACUACAGAAUGCAUGUCCAGCGAAGGGAGUGGAAGACCAUGAAAGCAGCUGCUCUUCAGAUUCAGGUGCAUUACAGGACUUACAAAGUCGGGAGAGAACAGCGCCAUUUAUAUUUAGAAAUGAAAGCAGCUGUGAUAAUUUUACAGUCCGCUUACCGUGGUAUGAAGGUGCGAAGAGAAAUAAAAGAAUGCAACAAAGCAGCAGUCACUCUGCAGUCUACGUUUAGAGCUUACAGAAGCCGAAAGAAGUACGCGAGCUAUAGAACUUCAGCUGUUGUAAUCCAGAGGUGGUACCGGAGUAGUAAAGUUACAGCCCAGCAACAUCAGCGGUAUCUUAACUUAAAGGAAACAGCCAUUAAAGUUCAAGCUCUUUACAGAGGAGCGAGAGUGAGAAGGCACAUUCAACACAUGCGCGUGGCAGCCACGCUUCUUAAAGCCACGUUUAAGAUGCAUCAGUCGAGAGUCAGGUACCAGCGGAUGAGGGCAGCAGCUGUAGUGAUUCAAGAGAGAUACAGAGCGUAUUGUCUCGGGAAAAUUCAGCGUGAAAAGUUCCUGACCACUCUGCAGGCCAUUCGAACCCUUCAGGCAGCUGUCAGAGGAGCAAGAGUGAGGCAGACCGUAAGAAAGAUGCGGGUUGCAGCGACACUCAUUCAGUCUCACUUCCGAAGAUACAGACAGCAAACAUACUUCCGUAGGUUACGGAGGCUAGCGAAAAUGAUGCAGCAGAGAUUCCGAGCAGUGAAAGAAAGACACAUUCAGUCUCAGAGGUACCAUAGACUGAGACAUUCAGUAAUAGUCAUUCAGGCUGCCUUUAGGGGACAGAAAGCUAGGAGACAGCUAAAAGCUAUGCAUUUAGCUGCCACUCUCAUUCAGAGGAGAUACAGAACGCUACUGAUGAGAAGGAGAUUCCUCUCUCUCAGGAAAACUGUUAUUUGGAUUCAGAGACAAUACCGUGCAAAUCUUCACAGCAAGUGUCAGCAACAAUUUCUGUGGGAAAAGGCAGUUAUUAAGAUCCAGUCGUCAUACAGAGGAUGGGUAGUGAGGAAAAGAUUGCGAAGGAUGCACAGGGCUGCCACUGUGAUCCAGGCCACCUUCAGGAUGCGCAGAGCCCGUGUGAGGUACCAGUGUUUGAAACAGGCCACAGCUGUGAUCCAGAAGCAAUACCAAGCACACAGAGCUGCAAAACUGCAGAGGCAACUUUUCGUCCGACAGAGACAUGCUGCUGUGAUCCUACAGGCCGCCUUUAGGGGAAUGAAAACCAGAAGUCAGUUGAAGACUAUGCAUUCUUCUGCAGUCCUUAUUCAGAGUAAAUUUAGAGCCCUAGUAGUAAGGAGGAGAUUCAUUGCUCUCAGAAACGCUGCUAUAUUUGUUCAGAGGAAAUAUCGAGCCACCAUUUGCACCAAGCGUAAGUUGCACCAAUUCUUGCAUUUACGGAAGGCAGCCAUUACAAUGCAGUCAGCUUAUCGAAGACUGGUGGUCAAAAAGAAGUUACAGGAAAUGCACAGGGCUGCAGUUCUUAUCCAGGCUACUUUUAGAAUGCACAGAACCUAUGUUAGGUUUCACACGUGGAAACGUGCCUCGAUCAUAAUCCAGCAGCACUAUCGAACAUACAGAGCUUUGAAACUACAAAGAGAAAAACUUACCAGACCAAUCGGACAGUGGGAUUCUGCUGUGGCCAUUCAAGCUGAACAUAAGGGAAUGAAAGUGAGCCAGCUUUUAAAAGAAAAGCAUAGUGCUGCUGUCAUAAUACAAAGCACAUAUAGGAUGCAUAGGAAGUACCGUUUCUACCAGCAGCUUCGGUGGGCGGCAAAAGUAAUACAAGAAAAAUAUAGAGCAAAUAAAAAGAGACAGCAAGCUCUUCUGCUCAGUGCCAGUAAGGAAGAAACAACUAUUCAGAUGCAUUUUCUGGAUUUGAACACCGCAAAACAAAUUCAGCAGCAGCAUGAGGCUGCCGUGGUUACACAGAAGCAUUUCAGAGCCUUUAAAGCAAGGAGGCAAGUGGAAGCUGAAAGAGGCUACCAGGCUGUAUGGAGGAAGCAUAAAGCUAGAAAAUACUUAUCCAAAGUGGAAGCUGCCUGUAGGAUUCAAGCUUGGUAUAGGUGUUGGAUAACACGCAAGAGAUAUAUAGCUUUAUUAAAAGCUGCUAAAAUUAUUCAAGGCUACUUCUGUGCCAAGUUGGAGAGAAUGAGGUUCUUGAAGAUGAGAGCAUCAGCAGUUAUAAUUCAGAGGAAGUGGAGAGCUGCACACUCUGCAAGAGUAGCUCGUGAGAAGUUGAUUUUAAAAGCUUCAGAAGAGAAAGCCAGAAUUCGAGUUCGCCACUUUACAGCGGCUGCAUACUGUCACAUGUGUGCCCUUAGGAUCCAGCGAGCCUAUAGGACCCAUGUGGCUGUGAGGAAUGCUAAGGCGCGUGUUAAUUCAGUCAUCUCUAUUCAGAGAUGGUUUCGAAGAAGAUUACAACAAAAGAAGUUAAUUGAACAGCAUCAUCAGAUCAUAAAACCUGACCGUGAAGUUCAAGAAUGUCAGCAACGGCAGGACAGGGCUGCAUCAGUGAUCCAGAAGGCAGUACGCCACUUUCUACUGCAUAGAAGACAGGAAAAAAUCAAUAGCAGCGCCACUAGAAUUCAGGCUUUGUGGAGAGGCUAUUCUUGGAGGAAGAAAAAUGAUCGCACAGAAAUUAAAGCUAUACGACUAAGUCUUAGAGCUGUCAGUAAGAACGUUGAGGAGGAGAACAAGCUCUACAGAAGAACUGAGCGCGCGCUGCAUUACCUGCUGACGUACAAGCACUUGUCUGCCAUCCUGGAGGCCUUGAAGCACUUGGAGGUCGUCACCAGAUUGUCUCCUCGCUGCUGUGAGAGCAUGGCCGAAAGUGGAGCCGCUUCUACCAUCUUCGAUGUGAUCCGGGGUUGUAAUCGAAGUGUUCCCUGUAUGGAAGUUGUUGGAUAUGCUGUCCAAGUGUUGCUGAAUGUAGCAAAGUAUGAGAAGACAACCUCAGCAGUCUAUGAAGUUAAGAACUGUGUGGACACGCUGCUGCAGCUUUUGCAAGUGUACCAGCAGAAGCCGGGUGACAAAGUGGCCGAGAAGAGUGCGAGCAUCUUCACAAAAACUUGCUGUUUACUGGCUGUGCUGUUUAAGACAGAGCAUUGCGCUUCUGAUGUUCAAAGUAGAACAAAAGUUAUUGAUCGUAUUUGUCACCUCUACAAAUGUACAGUUCCUAAGCAUAAAGUGAAUACAGAAGGGUUAUUUGAUAAACAGAAGAAGAAUCCCUAUAUAGCCUUUCCUUUUAUACCAGAAAGAUCUGUGAAGACCCGAAUAGUUUCAAGACUUAAUUCACAGAGGGUUUUGAGGCGUGAUAAUAUGGAAGAAAUCACAGAUUCAUUGCAAGCUAUUCAACUGGUGAUGGAUACCCUUGGCAUUCCUUAUUAGUAAAUGGAAACGUUUUCAGUGUAGGACUAUAAAAAAAGUCGUGCCAAUCAUGGAUACAUGGAGCAGCUUUUCCUUUCAGUGUAAACUUUUAAAUAUGACUUUGUAUAAAAUAAAAAUAUAUAUUAUUACUAAA